AUGAGGGCGGGGCUGGACUUCCGGCGCCCACGACUGUCACUUUGCAGCCGGACUUGGGGCCGCACCGGCGAUCUGGGUCGGGGGCGAGGGUGGCUCCUCAGGAGCCUCUGGGGCCCGAGACAGAGCAGCAAGGAAGGACACGCUAGCCUGGCUCGCUGCGUGCCUCGCCCACCUGCGCGACGGGCCGCCGGAUGGUGGCUCCGCCUCCGAGCCUCAGUCUUCCCCUGGGCGCGCAGUCUGCCCGGUGGGGCUGGAGGGCCGCGCCCGGAGCCACGUGCGCUGCAGCCCUCGAGCAGGCCCUCGUGCGUCUCGCCGCACGCUCCGCGCCCGAGGCCGGUGGGGACUCGGAGGCCUACGCAGGCGCGUGAGGCCGGGGCGGCUCCGCGAUGCAGGUCGCUCGCCUCCUCCCCGCCUCAGCCCCAGGCCGGAUGGCGGCGACGGGCGCGCUGACGGAUCCGGCGCGGGGCCUGAUGGCUUUCGAGGAUGUGGCCGUGUACUUCUCCCGGGAGGAAUGGGUGCUCCUGGAUACAGGCCAGAGGGCCCUGUACCGCCACGUGAUGCUGGAGAACUUCGCACUUGUGGCCUCACUGGGAUUUUUCUCCUCCCCACCUCGUGUGGUCAUCCAGCUGCAGCGCGGUGAGGAGCCUUGGGUUCCCAGUGGGAAGGACUCUAUCCUGGGCAGGGACGCUCACAGGAGGCUGGGCCUGGGUUCCCAUUGGGUGGCUGAGCACAGAAGCAUUUCCAGAGAAGCCACAACGCGAGGGCCCUUCUCUGGCACCUGCCCUGGCCCUCUUGCUAGUGUCCCACCAGGCACCGCUUUGUCCAGAGAGAGGAAGCCCACAGGAGUUUCGGUGAUCUACUGGGAGAGGCUCCUGCUGGGUUCAGGGCUGCGGCUGAGCUCCCCACAGAGGGGUGGCGGGCCCAGGGACAAGGACCCAGAGGAUCGGUCGACGGUCCCUCGAGCAUCCCUCCAGCCAGACCCGGGGGAUCGUGGCACAGCCUGGGGGUUAGGGUUAGGGGAGGAGCAGGGCGAGCCAGGGCCUCUCCCAGGGGAGAAGCCCUUCGAGUGCACGGCCUGUAGCAAGGUGUUCGUGAAGAGCUCCGACCUACUGAAGCACCUGCGCACGCACACUGGUGAGCGGCCCUACGCAUGCGUGCAGUGUGGCAAGGCCUUCAGCCAAACCUCACACCUGACGCAACACUUGCGCAUUCACAGCGGCGAGACACCUUAUGCCUGCCCAGCCUGUGGCAAGGCCUUCCGCCACAGCUCCUCGCUUGUGCGCCACCAGCGGAUCCACACGGCCGAGAAGGCCUUCCGCUGUGGUGACUGCGGCAAGGCCUUCAGCCACGGCUCAAACCUCAGCCAGCAUCGCAAGAUCCACGCGGGAGGCCGGCCCUAUGCAUGUGCACGUUGUGGCCGCCGUUUCUGCCGCAACUCGCACCUGAUCCAGCACGAGCGCACUCACACGGGUGAGAAGCCCUUCGCCUGUGCGCUCUGUGGCGCUGCCUUCAGCCAGGGCUCCUCGCUCUUCAAGCACCAGCGCGUGCAUACAGGCGAGAAGCCCUUCGCCUGCGCGCAGUGCGGCCGCGCCUUCAGCCACAGCUCCAACCUCACGCAGCACCGGCUGCUGCACACGGGGGAGCGGCCCUUCCGCUGUGCAGACUGUGGCAAGGCCUUCGCCAAGGGCGCAGUGCUGCUCAGCCACCGGCGCAUCCACACAGGCGAGAAGCCCUUCGCCUGCCCGCAGUGUGGCCGUGCCUUCCGUGAGCGCCCUGCGCUCUUCCACCACCAGCGGGUCCACACAGGCGAGAAGGCCUUGCGGCGGCCAAGGGCCCGGCCUCCCCCAGCGGAGGAGAUGGCAGGGAAGGAGGCCAGGGCUCCCACCAACUCGGGCUCUGCCUAGGCCUGAGGCCCUUUAUACCUGGGGACAGGAUUGGUCACAGCCCAUGCUUCUGUCCUCAGAAAGGUCACGCAGCAGAGACAUCCAGCGUUCAACCAGAGGCAGGGCUUGCCCUGAACCUGUACAGCAGUCAGAGCCCCAGGAGGCUGCCUCUUGGGUGCUUCACGGGACCAGAAGCCUGGACAGGCUUCUCUGCGCAUGCACUAGCCACUUCCCCCAGGCCUCUGCCAUGUAGGGAUUUCCUUGGGCCUGCCCAGACCUCUGAAGGCUUUGGAAAUGGGGGUUUGGGGGCUGGCCUGUGCAGGUGACUGGGCUCUGAGCCUCACCUUCCUCCUCUGGGGUAAAAAAAAUCUGGCCCCACCUGACUAGCAGGAUCUUAAUAUGGUCCCACUUGGUCACCAACAGCCCCUCUAGGUACUGGAAAUUUCCUCCUGUGAGCUCUGUACUGGUGUCUAUCCCCACUUAAAAGAUGAGGAAGUAGAGUCCCAGAGAGGGGAAGUGAGUUCCCCAGGGCACACGGCAGAAACAGACUAGUACUCAGGCACACUGGCUCCCCAGGCACAGCAGACUCUGGAAAGAUGGAGGCCUGGGGUGGGGGGCAUGUGGCCCUCAGCAGUGGAAAGGUAGACCAAGGUAUGCUCUCCCUGGCUGUACCAUGCACAUUCUCACCCAAGCCGUGUCACCAGCUCCGGACACCAAAGUCAGUGUUCAAGGGACUUUUAUAUCUAAGGCUAUGGUAAUAACUUCGGAGGAAAAGAGAUAGAGUUGCUCAUUUUUGCUGGGUUGGUGGCCACAUGUCCCCUGUUCUCCCACCUGGGCUGGAAGAUGACUGCGGAACAGGGAGAACUUCCCAUUAUCUGAGACUGGUGCCCUCUGGGGCUUUGGCGGCAGAUGGGUGGGGUGGUCGCUUAGUUUGUUUUCUAUGUCCUUCAGCAGACCAGGCUGUGUUCCAACCUGAUGCCUCACUGGCAGAGAGUGAUCUUUGGACCGGAAAAACAAACUAGUAUUUACAACUUGGAA